AUGGCGACCAUGCCGACGAAGCCCCCUCUACAGCCGGUUCCGAAGCCCGUGAGAGCAGACGCUGAAAAGACUCUUCCCCCCGCACCCGCGGCUCCCCUUGGCGUUGUCGAGGCUGGCCCGUCUGCUCCUGUUGAAGCUCCGCCCGCUCCGCCUGCUGCUCCCGUGCCCCUGGCUCCCGUGGUUGCGCCGGUGGCAUCUGCGCCUGCUGGGGAAGCUGCUGCUCGCACUGCGGCGUCCGCCACCACUGCCGACCCGGCUCCGAUGGUUGCGCCUCCUGGCGCGGACCCGGCGCCUCCCGCUCCGCUGCCGGCGGCCCCUGUAGUGCAGCCGUCUCGUCCCCCGUCGCCGGACCGCCGUCAAUCCCGCCCCCAUUCCCCCGCUCCCCAACAGGAGCGGGAGACGUCGCGGCGCCGGCGCAACUCUCCCCGGCGCUACCAGCAGCAGGCCCAGUGGCCUGCUCACCCUGGCGGCAAUGGGGGCUGGAGGGGCCCCCACGGGCAUGGUGGUGGCGGGAGAUAUCGUCCGCCUGUGACAAUGGCGGAUCUCCAGAGGGAGGUGUCGCGGGCCGUGCGCGAGGAGAGGGCGGCGCAGAGUCAGAGCAGUUCGCUGCGGGCCGCGCCGGCGCCUGUGGCUCCUCGUCAGACUGAGCCUCCUGUGGCCCCUCCGCCGGCUGCUGUAUUUCCUCCUCCUGUCCUUGCCCCGUCGGCUCCAUCUCCUUCUGUCUCGGCGCCUGCUCCCGGCUCUCGUCUGCAUUUGCCACCGGUUCCGCCUGUUGCGGGGGUGGAGUUUGUUGCCGCGGGGGGUGGCGUUGCGGCUCAGCAUUCCCACCACGUUGCUGCUGAUGAGCCGCUGCUAUUUCUGACGGAGGCGCUGCAGCCCCCGCAGACGCGUGUUCCAGAGGCAACUCUUGGCCAGCUCCACCGUCUCGCGGAGAGCUUCCAUGCGUUGCUGCUGAUACAAGUUCUCGCUUAUUCGUCUCUUCCCGUGAUUCCUCCGGAGACUUUCCACGGCCGCCAGCGUGACACGUGCUUGGACGCGGCGGACGAGCUCGCUUCGUUGCUGGCGCCCGUGCUGGCUGCGCCCGCGGAGGGUGGGGCUGCUGCUGCAGGACAGCUUGACGAGGCUGUCCGGGGCCUGAGGCGGCACUUGCGCGCAGGUUCUGGAGCCGCGGCGAUCGGCGCAAGCACGCUUGUGGUCCGGGAGCUGUGGCGCUCCCUGACGGGCGUUCUUCACGCCCUUGGAGCUCACCGCAUGUAG